AUGUUUUGCUUACUGUUCAAUACAAUCAUAUUUGUGGUUGGACAUCUAUUACCUGUUGGACUUUCUCUUCAUGGAUGGAAGAACAAGAAGUAUGAAAUGGUAGAAUAUUAUUUGAAAUAUGUUUAUUUUUUUGUCAUUUUUGAAAAUAUCGUAACUCCCUCUAUCGGUGCAAUAAUAUAUAAAAUUAGCGGAUUCAUAUGGUGCUUAUUACAUUUAGCACUUUACUUGGUUUUAAUAACUCCAAAAUUUAAUUAUCUAAAUAUAAUAUACGAGAAAGUAGGCAAGAUUAAUAGUCAAAACAAUGUAACUCUUUAUGUUAACAAUUAUGUCGUUAAUCCUUUGAAUGAUCAAGUCAAUAAAAUUGUAAAGAAGUUAAAGACCUUAUAG